CCCGAAAUGACACGAUCUCUCAAGGUUCAGCUUACCUGUCACUGAUUUAUUCACAUACCCCUCUACCUUAUACUAGUAGAUAAUUAUUGAACAGAUGUGUUCUCGCUAUUCUGGCUGACUGGAGUAAAAAAACAGGUUGUAUAGUUGAAGAGACAUGAAGUGGCAUCCUGGUAUUGUAGGCUCCUCCAUGUAGCUAGGCUGCUCCCUGCAGCCUCUUCUUCCCUGCAAUCCGGCAGUUGGAUUCUUCUGAUUUCAUCAAGACCGGUGAAGAAACCAUAGCCCUGCACUAAACUUGAGGACGGCAAGAAAGAGUCUACUGCCUGUGAAAAAUAAAUGCUGUUUGCCAGCGGAGAAAGGGAUCAUAAACCCCCAUGGAAAAAAAGUUGGGCGAACAUGAGAAACAUAAACAUUUGGAAGAUGAUCUUUUUUUUUAAAUUAAUAAUAAUUACAAUUAUUAGCUUCUGGUACAAUGUUGAAAGAAGUACAACAUUUUGCACAUGUGCAAGCACAAACCAAUUCCUUGAUACAAAAAAUUUGAAAAAUAGGACGCCAUCCAUCAAUGACUGUGCCUUUGAACGCACUGGUAUGUGGACUGUGGAACCUUCAGGGCGUUUGGGAAACCUCAUAGGGCAAUAUGCAACGCUGUAUGCAUUUGCAAAACGUCAUGGACAUCAAGCUUAUAUUUUACCCAGCAUGCAUUCAGCACUGUCUAAGAUAUUUAAGAUAAAGCUGCCAGUUAUUAAUGAGGAAGUUGCAAACCGCAUACCAUGGAAGAACCUCGGAAUAUACAAAAACUGGAUGGCUGAAGAAUUUAAAUACAUCCCUGGAGAAUUUGUUAAACUUUCUGGCUAUCCGUUUUCAUGGACCUUCUAUCAUCAUAUCAAAGAUGAAAUUCUUAAGGAAUUUACUUUCCAUGACUUUAUUAGAGAAGAAAGCAAUGCCUAUCUUGCUGAUAUACGGGGGAACAAAACUAAUACUACCUUCAUUGGCAUACAUGUCCGUAGAGGGGACUACGUUGAUAUUAUGCGGAAUAAUAAGAAAGGUGUACUAGCUGACAAAGACUACUUGCAAAAGGCAAUGGAGUAUUUUAGAAAAAAAUAUAAAAACCCGUUGUUUGUGGUUACCAGCAAUGGGAUAGAUUGGUGCAAAUCGAAUAUUAAUAAUUCCUUGGGAGAUGUUUACUUUCUUGGGGAUGGCAACGAGGGAUCGCCUGGCCGUGAUUUUGCUCUCUUGGUCCACUGCAACCACACAAUUAUGACCAUAGGUACAUUUGGCUUAUACGCUGCCUAUUUGACCGGAGGUGAAACCAUCUAUCUUGCAAAUUAUACUUUUCUUGAUUCCCGUCAUGGCACAGGUUUAAAAUAUGAGACUGUUUAUCUUCCUGAAUGGAUAGGGAUUCCUGCUGAUCUUACUCCAAUUUUAAAAUAUAAUUGAUAUCUCACUGAAAGAAGAAGUAGUAUUAAAGUAAACCUGUCACAAACUGCAAUAAUCUAAACAUUACAUUUAAAGAAGUUUGGGGUUAUAAAAAGUAAAGAUCCUACAGUACAUACUCACCUCUAUGCUGCAGCAUCAGUGUGAUGCUGCAGCUGUCCCAUGUUGGCUCUAAGCCUGAGAUCUGAGCGAUCGCAUGACUGCUCACUUAGCUCUCAGUCUGCAUGAAGCAGAGGUUAGUGACAGUCAGUCAUUGCUCUGCUUUGCUCCUCCAGCGUUCACUGCAGCGCUGGGCUAAAGAGGUGGCGGGUGCAGCUGGCUCCAGCGCUCAGCCUCGCAUUGAAAUGUAGAGCCAGCUGUCAAUCAGGCAGUUGGGUGGAUCCCAAAAAUAUUGUCAGUAUCAUUCCAGAGCCUGGAGCAACUUCUGCCACGUCAGCAUAUAGUGGGCUAUAGCUAUACAGCGACCACUGUACAAGUAAAGUCCUGGCCCGGGGGGGGAGAAAGAGAGCAGCGUGGAAGCUUGUGAUGGGUAAGUGAUCAACAAUAGCAUGGAGGUUAACCAUUUCACUGCCCUGACGGUCAGUGUAGAUGGGUGGUUAACACUUUCAAUGCUGUAGCACCCCUUGACAACCCAAAGGCAGGACAGCACCUCCAGAUGACAGUGGCAGUCUAGCAUUUCCCCCCCCCCCCAGGGCUAAUUCCAUAGGUAAAAUGGAAGUGGGGACUGAGACAGCCUUUGGGUUAGGGGUCCCAGAUACCGUAGCAAAUAACUUACAGACUCUCUAGAUCCAGAUCAAUGUCCAGCUUCCCAGUGUCAGAAACUUUAAGCUGACUUGGCAACACUGUAAGCAAAUUCCCAAAUUUCAGUGAAUCCUCCAAGUGAGUCACCAGGCCCUUCUAAAAGACCAACUUUCUUCAUGGCUCUCUCCAGCAAGGGGCCUUCCCCCGGGUCUGCUCUUAAGCAUAGCUUCCUCCAGACUAGGCAGGACAGCUUUAGAACCACUCCAGCACAUGUUAGGCCCCAAAACAGGAUAUGAUUCCUAGGCCUCUAGGGAAAGGGAAGCUGCCCUUUUCCUAUAUAUGGACAGAAAAAGGGCAGGGUAAAUAAACCUACAGUGCCUUGCCUUGCAAAAGUAUUCACCCCCUUUGGCUUUUUACCUAUUUUGUUACAUUACAGCCUUUAGU